AUGGCCAGUUCUAUUCCACUUCCAAGAGCCUGUUAUGACGAAUAUUGCGCAACAAUUACGAAAGACACUAUUCGCACGACUAGGACCGUCAGCUUAGCCGACGGUGGAGUAUGGGAGUACGACGACACUUAUCUUGAGAAAUCUGAAGCCGAGAUCAUCAUGGCCUUGUUGCCAAGUCUUGAAGUAUUCUUACUUGAUAUCGAUAAUUUUGGCGAGAAGACCGUCGCCCGUCUUUUGGAUAACCAGAGCGGGCUAGGUUGGGGGUGCCUACCUAUCCUUCCGCGCAUGAAAAGGCUAGAUAUCCGCUCCCAAGACAAUGACUGGACUAUACACUACACCAACUCUGUUGCACAGGCGCUUAUCAAGUGCGCUCCUAACAUUGAAACACUGAGCUUGUAUAACAUAGAUAUGAGGUCUGGCUUGAUAAAUAGCAUCCCUUCCUUGGACCUUGCUUGUGACGGCGCAGCAAGAGAGCGGAUAGAUAAUGCAAAAACUCCGAUAUCUUGGCUGAGAAACCUGCGCACCAUUGACCUAGUUGAUUGCUGCUUGGAAAAUGACGAGCUGAUGUGGCUCCAAAACAUGACAUCAGACUGCGGCGGCCUGGAACGGUUUUCUCUCAAGAAGAAAUAUUGCGGCCAAGGACUAGGUCCUGAACUGUGGCCAUGCAAAGUUCUAGAUGCUAUUUCAGGUGCCUCCAAAAGUCUAAAAGAGCUCAAUUUACACAUAAAAGGCACACUUUACACGCAAGACCGUAAUGCUGCGGAGCAUGUUUGUGGAAGAAAUCAGCUAGCACGGUUGACACGCCUCGAGACCUUGGAAAUCCACGAAGACGCGUUUUGUCGAGGGCAUAGCAUGGCAUAUGAGGAGGAAGACAUCAGCGACAGCACAAUCGAUGACUGGUCGUGCCUGACUAGAAUAGUCCCCAAUAGUGUCAAGAACUUGGUCAUCUGGGCGGAUAAGUAUAUGCCUUCACUAAAGGACCUCAUGCACUUCGCGGAACAUGUCCUUGCAGGUCACUUCCCGAGCUUAAGGCAUACGCAUGUUGUUUUCUCAGACUACCAUUCUAUCCCGCAAGACAAGAGUGCAGAAACAAUCACCGUGUCUGUUAAUAAUGAUGAUCACUGUGAGAUUAUUGGUCAGUCUGGGAAGCAGUGA